UCGCUGCGUGACAGAGGCAGGGAAACAGGAUGAAGGGAAGUAACCGCAUGUAAACUUCCUUUUCCGUCAAAAAACAGCCAAGAUGGUUCAGCGACUGACAUUCCGUCGCCGUCUGUCAUACAACUCGAGCAGUAACCGCCGUACGGUAUCAAAGACACCAGGUGGUAAACUUGUAUACUUAUACACAAAGAAGUUGGGAAGUGUUCCGAAAUGUGGCGACUGUAAAGCUGUGAGGCUCCAUGGUAUUACCCCAGCCCGCCCCAAGGAGCUGAUGUCCAUGCCCAAGAGGUUGAAGACUGUCUCCAGGACAUACGGAGGAUCACGGUGCCACAAAUGUGUCCGUGACAGGAUUGUUCGUGCUUUCCUCAUUGAAGAACAGAAGAUUGUUGUGCGGGUACUCCGGGCUCAGCAACAGUCAAAAAAAUAAGUUGUACAGGCCGUUAAAUAAACUAGAAAAACAAAACAA